AUGAGUCCUCAGUCUGCUGCACUGACUUCAAAAAUAGAUGCGGAUAUACAAGCGGCUGCAAAGCCUGCCAAAACACCUGCGGUACUUUUUAUUUAUGCACGUGGUGCAGGUACCAUGAUGGUAGGCGGCGCCAAUACCGAGGUUGAUAAAAUGAUCAGCCUGGCUGGUGGUAAAAAUGCAGUGACUGGCUUUGAGGAUUUCAAGCCACUGACUGCAGAAGCACUGGUAGCUGCUAACCCCGAUGUGAUCCUGAUGUUUGACAGCGGCUUGUCCAGCCUGGGUGGCCUGAAGGGAUUGCAAGCCGUACAGGGCAUGUCUCAGACCAAUGCCGGCAAGAACGGAAGUGUGAUUGAAAUGGAUGGCCAAUACCUGACGGGCUUUGGCCCACGUACGGGGCAGGCAAUUGCUGAAUUAUCUAAAAAACUGGCGGAUGUUGUUGUCCCCUAA